AUGAGUGUCAUCCUUGAACAGGAAUCUUUUCUUCAGAGCAUUGCUUUACUUGGAGCUUUAUUGCAGAAAACUUGUAUCAACAGCUCAAGAUUGUUAUCAACAAGCACCAGCUUCAGAGGAUUGUGUAGAGCUAGAUAUGUUUCAAUCGAGCAACAGCAUAUCAAGACAAUCUUCAUGUGCAUCAUAGUCAAUCGCGAAGUGCAGGUGAAUGUUGCAGGCUCAUUUAUCCGAACAAGUAACAGGCACCCACAGCAUUCAUUUUCAUGGUUAACUCAUCUUUGCAGCAGGGUUAGUAACGUGCGCAACAUUUAUGCCAAAAUUUUCGAUUGGGAAUAUGUUUUGCUCAAGAGGUUCUACUUUAUCAGAGAAAAACUUUGA